AGAUUCAGUUGAGCUUAAGAUAUUAUGAAAGGAACUCGUGUGUUAUCAACUCUAAACGCGAUUAAGAUUGCCGUCGGUAUGACACUGUUUACGUAAACAUAAAUUAACAUUAAGUGUUACAUUAUCAACAGAAUUAUCUAUUCGUAGCGUGCUUGGACAUUGAUUUUGUGUGACUUAUCGGGCUAUGCAAUUAAGUUAACCAUGAAGGCGAAAUCCCUGGAUCGCGUGAUCGUGCUCACCAGCAUAGCUGGCAUCCUGCUGUCCACGUAUGCUUUGUACGUGGAGAUGGCGAUAGAAACACACCCUGGGUACAAGGCCCUUUGUGACAUCUCGGAGUACGCCAGCUGCUCUCGAGUUCUUUCUUCAGAGUUCUCAAAAGGAUUUGGAUUGCUACCGAAGGAGUCUUCGCUUGAGAUCCCCAACUGCAUUUACGGAAUCGUCUUCUACUGCCUCAUAAUAUUUUUAACUACAUUUGAUCAACUGCUGGUGGCCAGGCUGCUACUUCUAGUGACUGCAUCUUCUAUCCCCAUGUGUGUGUACCUGGCCUAUCUUCUGGCGUUUGUUCUACACGACCUCUGCAUUGUUUGCGUGUCCACCUACAUCGUAAACGGCGCCCUUACCGUCCUUGUUUACAAGAAAAUGAAAGCGUUGACUGCUAAAAAAAAGUGAAAUGAUACCUACCUCAAUUUUCAAAAUGUUAUGGCUGUUUUAAUACCUCAAAAUGCAUUUGAUGUUAUAAAAUAAAGAGCUGUUAAUA